AGUCGGUUAACUUGAUUCGCCGCGUUCACGAGUUGGCCGUCCGACAAGUGCGAAAUUUAUAGUUGAAUAUCUGUGACACAAACUGCAAAAAUAAUGACAAGCUCGAGUAGACAAACAAGGCAGCGGUUCCAGUGAAAAGUGCCAAGCAAAACAAUCAACAAAUCAACUGCACAAAUAACUGAAAACGGAAACGUCGCUUUAAGCUUCUAAUUGCGUUACGCAGUGUCUAAGUGAUUGAAGUCAAAAUAUGCCGAUGUUGCCAACGAUCGAGGAAGAGGCCAAGUUGUCUUGGCUCCGACUCAUGUGGAAGUAUCGCCAGCAAUUUCAGUCCAUGGCCUCGGCAUCGAUUGUGUUCGUGGGCUGUGGAAUGCGUUUGGCCUGGUCAAUUUUCGAUACCCCCGCCGGCAAGUUCCUCAAUAAUAACAACACCCACAACCUGAUGAUGAGCUGGUUCAUUGGAGCUGCACUAGGCGCCCUUUUGGCGGCCCUCUUUGUGCAGCGUGUCACCAAAAAUGUGGCCUAUACCUCCAGUGGCUUCCUGAUGAUCAUGGCUGGCAUUCUGAAUAUAGCCCUUCCGCAGCACUUUCUUGCCGCCUGCUACAGCAGCGUGAGUGUGGGAGCGGCCUAUGGAUUGACCCAGAUUCAGGCUCUGGUCACGGGCUCCGAGGUGGCCCACAAGUCCAUUCGGGGGAUGCUGCUCAGUUGUGAGAAGGUCUUCCUUUGGCUGGGAGUCUGUGUGCAGGUGUUCUACACCCGAGUGUGGCACAACUUGAGACCGCUGGACUCGCAGGGCUAUGAAAUGCACAUUGACCAGCUGCAUGGCAUAGCGAUGGCUGGCCUGGGACUGGGGGCAGUGAUCCUGGCACUGGCCCAUCGUCUGGAAUCUCCGCUGCUGCUGUUGCACCAGGAACGAGACAUGGCGCUGGGAGACACCCUAAAGGCUCUGCAUGGACAGUCUACCACGGAGUUGGUGCGUCUAAGGGAGGACUGCAGGCAAUUGCACAGUGCCCGAGAUUGGGAGCGGUUUGUGGAGGAGCCGGAAGAGGCCAUUGCUGGCUGGAAAAUAUGGGCCAGACGCUUCCUGCCCUUCUUGAAGGUCCUGCUACUGCGGUGCUUUGCUACUUUGGCCGUGUCCUUGAGCUACAACCGUGCAUUCGUGGUGGUCAGUUGGCAUGGCCUGGAAUGCGAUAUGAACUGCAUGUAUUGGCUGGCAUUCGCGGGUCUCGGGGGCAGUAUUCUGGGGGCCUUCGUUGUGGAUCGGCAGGGUCGAAGGAAACUCUGUUCCUUGUCCCUCUUUCUUGCAGGAAUUGUGAUUGUAAUGGUUGGUGGCGUAUUCGAACAUCUGGAGUCGGUGAAGAGAACAUUCUACGACAUAAAUCUCCUAGCCAUUGCGCUGCUAAUGCUGCUUUUCGAGGUGAUAGUGGCCGGGGGCGUGGCAUUGCCCGCCCUAAUCUACACAGCGGAGGCUUUCAGCAUAGCCCACAAGGCCAGGUGUUUGGCUGGGAUUUUGGUCCUGGAACAAUUGCUACACUUAGGCCUGCUUGUGGCCACCUUCGAGCACUGCAUCACCGUUUCGGUGUUCUUCUUCACGAUCGGUGGCCUCAGCUUUAUAGUCGGCUUAAUGGUGUUUAUGCUUAUGCCAGAAACCAGGCAACUGACACUCUACGAGUGCCUGUUUAAGUUCAAGAAAGUUCCUUAAGGCGUCGCCGUUUCUCUAAGUGCCUAGUAUCGGUUAUCUGUACCUAUCUGUUAUCUAUUUUUACGUUCUCUUCUAUAUAUUCCACUCGCGGGAGUGAUUGUUCGUGUGCAUAUCAUUAUCUAUCAUAUACUUUUCCUUAACCAUUUCAUUUUGCCUCAUAAAAUAAGUGAUUAUCUAUAUUUAAUGCCAGGAACGUAAUGUGUGAAUACAAAGUCCAGCUAAAGAUUCAAUAAUCGUGAAUUAUUUAAGUUAUCUAAGAAUCUAUUCAAUAAUGCACCGUCUUUACUAUGUUAAGUAACACGUUUAAAACACAUUAAUUGCACUCAAAAGUGAGCGCAAAGAUAACGAAUUUCUGUAUUAUUCGUAAAAGCUUCCCCUGCAUUUAA